AUGCCCGCCAGCAUGUUCAGCAUCGACAACAUCCUGGCCGCCCGGCCGCGCUGCAAGGACUCGGUGCUGCCGGUGGCGCCCAGCGCCGCGGCUCCCGUCGUCUUCCCGGCCCUGCACGGGGACUCGCUCUACGGCGCCGGCGGCGGCGCCUCCUCGGACUAUGGCGCCUUCUACCCGCGCCCCGUGGCCCCCGGCGGCGCAGGCCUCCCGGCCGCGGUCGGCGGCUCCCGCCUGGGCUACAACAACUACUUCUACGGGCAGCUGCACGUGCAGGCGGCACCCGUGGGCCCGGCCUGCUGCGGGGCCGUGCCGCCGCUGGGUGCCCAGCAGUGCUCCUGCGUCCCGACGCCCCCAGGCUACGAGGGCCCCGGCUCGGUGCUGGUGUCCCCUGUGCCGCACCAGAUGCUGCCCUACAUGAACGUGGGCACCCUGUCGCGCACCGAGCUGCAGCUCCUCAACCAGCUGCAUUGCCGGCGGAAGCGGCGGCACCGCACCAUCUUCACCGACGAGCAGCUCGAGGCUCUGGAGAACCUCUUCCAGGAGACCAAGUACCCAGACGUGGGUACCCGCGAGCAGCUGGCCCGGAAGGUGCACCUCCGCGAGGAGAAAGUGGAGGUCUGGUUUAAAAACCGCCGCGCCAAAUGGAGGCGGCAGAAGCGGUCCUCGUCGGAGGAGUCGGAAAACGCCGAGAAGUGGAACAAGACGUCGUCGAAGGCGUCGCCUGAGAAGAGGGAAGAGGAAGGUAAAAGCGAUUUGGACUCGGACAGCUGACGGCCGCGGGCCGGCCGUGGCCCUUGCCUAACUCGAAGGACUUGCACACCCAGACGAUGCUACUUUCUUGCACACGCGCUGCCUUGCGGGAGGGGGGUCGAGAACGAGGAACGAGGAGCUGUAAAUAGUGUACCGUCCGGAGGGUGGGCGCCUGG